AUGAGGAAGAUCCAGAAGGGAGAUGCAACCUCGACUCUACAAGCGCCAUGGCUUUCUAUCAUGUCUACAAGGCAGCCCCCAUUCGCAAGUUCUAAGCCGAACUCUCCUCGUUCGUUACCUCGUUCGUUACCUCGUUCGUUAAUAGACCCGCUUGCGCAACAUCUAGACUAUCGAUCGAGGAGAUAUCUGGACUAUUUUGCAAGUGAUGUUUGCAGGGACCUCGUUCUCUAUGACAUCCCCAAACAUAAUCCAUUCCGCGAGCUGAUUCCGAUGGCCUACCAGCGGCCCAUCUUGUUGCAGACCAUCAUCGCCAGUUCAGCCUUGCACAUGUCAAACGCUUGUCAACGGCCAUCAAGGUCGUCGAGUAUCUUUACAACGAUGGCCUCGACUCCGAGCAGCACAAGCUUACUGAGCUCUCUAUCGAUCGGUCCAUGUAUGACAUCUCGCCCGGAGACUUUCCAUGACGCACUCAGGGCCAAGCAGCAGGCACUUUGUCUGCUGAAGUCUGCUCUCGAGGACAUGGCUUCAGCGGAUGUUGAUGUGAUUCUCGCCGUGGUGCUUCUCCUCAUUGGGUUCGAGCUCAUUGACUCUGGGCGAAGCAGCUGGAUAUUUCACAUCAAUGGUGCGAGAAUAAUCAUUGAGAAGCUGAUCGCAUCCGCCCCGGCGACGGAGAUUGCUUUGAGCCCGCUUCGCAGCUGGUUGGUGUCAAAUUGCUUGGUGUAUGAUCUUCUUGGGUCAUCAUUCGCAAAUUCUUAUCUACCGCACAGUGGUGGGCUAUCGACGACUACCAUGUCACUGCUUCAAGAUGCAGAAGGCAACCAUUGCUCGUCAUUUCCGGCAGCCCUCCUUCCUUUGAUACAGGCAGGGGCUCAACUAUUAAAGAUGAACGACGUUUCCACGUCUCCGGAUACCUUGAUCAAUUUGGGACAUCUCGAUGCGCUUCAUCUCUUACACGCUGCGAAGUCAUUCGACCCAGCUGUCUGGGCCAUCAAUUUACAGCCACGCUCACCGGCUGAUGAUCUCUUCCAUCGGACUAAAAUUGCCUCUGCACACAGGGCAGCUGUAUGUGUCUAUCUCUCACGCAUUAUUCUUGCCCUAUGGCCCAGCACAGUUUUGCCAGAUGAUCUGGAAAUCCUAGCAGCCGAAAUCAUCACCCACCUUUCAAAUAUGCACCCUGGAGAUGCAUUAUUCACAGCAACAGCGUGGCCAGCUUUCAUUACUGGCCUGGAAACGGUUGACCUUACGAAUCGUGCUUGGGUAGUGAGAAGAUUCCAAGAGCUCUGGGAAAUUGAGCCUUGGGGACUUACUAGAGAGGCCCUCGGAGCAUUGAGGACAAUAUGGGAUGGGAGAAAGAAUGAAGAUGCCGUAAAGAGCAGCAAUGACCGACUCCACAAACAGGAAGAGAAUUGGAACUGGAUCGAGAAGCUAAAGAACAUAGGCACCGACUGGUUGAUUGCAUGA